UCCCGCCCGUUUAAAGCCCGUCCCGCCAAAAGUGCAGUCGCAGCUGAGACGCGCGGGAUGUGCUCGUCGCGCGGUAAAUGACGUGUCUUGUCACGAAUUCGGCGGACGGUCGCUCGCCAACGAAUUAAUCGCUGACGUGGACGAGUCCUCCGACGAUUCGCCGACGAAUAUCUCAGGGACUGUCGAUAAAAUUCACGCCGACAGCGGCUCGUCGCAAUCAAGUCGCAGCUGUCGUUCUCGCGGUCCCGCCUGGACGUCGUCGCGGUGGACGAAGAAUCCUAAGGAAUUGAAAGCACCCUCCAAAAAGGAAGAAAUAAGAAUUUGUCGACCUCGCGUGGCAUUAGUUUCCGCACACGGCGAGAUAGUUCUGACUGGUUCUCGUGGGCGAGAACGAUGUCGGGUGUACAGACCACCAUUUCCUUCCCCGUACGGAAGAAGUGUAAUUUUUACGGCCACAAGGAGGAAGUGAAGGAGGAUUUCACGAACGCGACGGCGAAGGACACGCCGUCGAGGUACGUUCCAACUGUCAAGAAGAUCGUCACUUUGACCAGCAGCGAGUCUGAGUCAGAUUCCGAUAUUGAGAAUACAAAGGAGAGGUGCAGGAUAACGAGGGAAAGGAGGACCGAAAAUGCAGGCCACACGCCAAGGCGACGAAAAUGCGACGAGUCGGUUGAAGAGCAUGCCAGUCCACCCAAGCAGAGAAGAGAGAAGCUGCAGUCCUCCUUAACGCCGUCCACGCUUCUCAAUAGACUAGCUCUGUCCCCCGAAAAAGAAGGCGGCAGAUUAGUUCCCAAGCAAUUAUUUGACUCCAGUCUCUCCGAAGAGGAGGGCGAAUUAACUUCCAAGCCGGCGCUCGGACCCAACAAAUAUCGGAGCGCGCGUAAAUCGUUGCACAGCUCUAUAACGGACGACUUGCCCGGGAGGGAGAAGGAGUUGGCUAGGCUGCAGAAAUUUCUCCUCGGACAUCUGGACCAGGAAACGUCGGGCUCCCUGUACAUCUCCGGUCCUCCGGGCACCGGCAAAACCGCGUGUCUGUUCAAGAUCACGCAACGGUCGGACGUAAAGUCGAAAUUCAAGGUGGUCUACAUCAAUUGCACGAGCAUGAAGUCCGCGGCUGCCAUCUACACGAAGAUAAGUCAGGAGCUGGCCAUAACCAGCGCGACAAAGUCUGGGAAGAACAGCAAAGCCGCUAUAGAGAAGUAUCUGACGUCCAAGCACAAGACGCUACUCCUGGUGCUGGACGAGAUAGAUCAGUUGGAGAGCAGAAAGCAGUCCGUGCUGUACUCCAUAUUCGAGUGGCCGUCCAUACCGAACUCCAAGCUGAUCCUCAUCGGGAUCGCCAACGCCCUGGAUCUGACCGACCGGAUACUGCCUAGACUACAGGCCAGAUGCGAGCUGAAACCGACGUUGAUGCACUUCGCCCCGUACUCCAAGCAGCAGAUAUGCGACAUAAUAUCCGCGAGACUGAACGAGGCGAACGCGACCAACGUUUUCACUCCACCCGCGGUGCAGUUCCUCGCGGGUAAGGUGGCUGCGAUCUCCGGGGACAUCAGGAGGGCCUUGGACAUCAGCAGGAGAGUGAUAGAAUUGGCCGAGUCGCAUCAAGUCGCGCAGGUGCUGCGUCCGUCAAACGAUAAUGAUACAAAUACAGAAUCGUCAAAGAAGGAAACGGAGGCAGUGGAGAAGCUGGUUGAUUUGAAGGAAGUGGUGACUGUUAUAAAUAAAGUCUAUGGAGGUACACAAAAUCUCAAUAAAGAACAGGAUACGUUUCCUCUUCAACAAAAAUUGCUAAUUUGCUCUCUAUUGCUUAUCCUGAAUAAAGGGAGGAACAAAGACAUCACUGUCGGCAGAUUGUACGAGGUGUACAGAAAGGUUUGCAAGAAGCGCAACAUAUCCGCCGUUGACAAUUCCGAAUUCGUGAACAUGUGCUCGCUGGUAGAAACGAGGGGUAUCCUGCGAGUCGUCGGCAAGAAGGAGGCGCGUUUGUGCAAGGUGAAUCUGCAGUGGGAUCAGGAGGAGUUGGACGCGGCUUUGCAGGACAAGCAGAUGAUGGCCAAUAUAAUCAACGACACAAGUUGUUUGUAGAAUAAUUAGGGAAAUUUAACGUUACACCGUUGUUUGUUACACCUAAUUUAUUUUAUAGCUCUCUUUUUAUUUUGUAUAUAUAUACUGUAAGGUAUCUUGAUUGUUACCAAUCGACUGUUGCAGCGUCAUCAAUUAAUUUUUCUACACUCAUUUCACUCUUUUCAGAGAUAGAUUUUAACGCGAAUGUUAAAUUUGGACUGCCAUUGCAUCGCAUGAGACUGAUUGUACUUCGCAUUUUUUUAAAUACCUGAUCGAAUCUUAAAAUUUAUGCGAAAUGUACUCGGGAUGUUUGAUAUCAUUGUAGCAUGAGAUAUAUAUAUUUUUGAUAAUUCCAAAUAAAACAUUUAAGUACAAGCA